AUGGCGGGCCCGGGCAGCCUCAGGAGGACUCCGAGGGGAGGGGACUGCAGUGUCCGCCGCCGUCGAAUGCCCCUCCGACCCGGCCUCCGCUCCCCUCGCUCUGCGAAGCAACCGGGCCGAGGCUCCCCGGGCCGUUCCAAAGCGGCAGCGAGGCCCCGCGGUCGCUCACAGCCCCGCGGGUCACUCGGGCCCGGGGGUCACUCGCGGCCCGGGACGCCCGGGGCCAUCCUGCGCACACCGCGCCGACCGGAAGCAGGAGCGCAGCGCCGGACGCGGAGAGCGCGGAGCGCGCCCCCUCGCGGGCACUGCCGAUGCCUCCCGGUGGUGCGGGACCGCGGGCCGCGCCGUUCAUCGGGAGAGAGACGUAGAGCACCGGGCAGCUGUGGGAGGGGCACCGGUGCCCGGGGUGCACUGAGCACCGGGCAAGGAGCGCCCCGGGCACUGGGCAGCGGGCACGGAACGCACCGGGCGAGGAGCGCCCCGGGCCCUGGGCAGCGGGCACGGAGCGCCGCGGGCACUGGGCACCGGGCGGCCCCGGCGCGGAGGACACUCUCAAGCUCCACAUCAAGGGAUGCCGAGCUCCACCUGCCUUCCUUUUUCUCAGUGGGAGCACUCUUCAUCUGCUCACCUACCACAGAGCUCCCGUGCUCUUGCUGCUUUCCCUAUUUUAAGGACACAUUACCAAAUGUAUCUGCUGCAUUUACAUUCAGUGAUUCUCUGCAUUUUGUGAAUAAACAUGGAUUGUACUCAUGGCAUGGUAUUCCUGAUAAACUGACACUGCAUGUGCUGCUGUGUUGGAGGUUUGUCAAAUCCAGGAUGAAUGGAGAACGUUCAGCUGCUUAAGAUCAUAUUUUGCCUUCAUUAAGGAACCACAGAACCUGGAAUGGGACAACCAUCAGUACCAGUGGAGGCUGGGGAUGGAGAGAUUGAGAGCAGUCCUGCCAAGCCUGGCGAUACCAGUGGAUGGAGCACUGGCUGUGAGCUGGCAGCCCAGAAAAUCCAUGGGGGCUGGGGCCAGCUCCAGGGCAGUGAUUCUCCCCUUCUCUGCCCAGGUGAGACUGCCUCCAGCUCUGGGGACCAGCAGGAAGGACGUGGAGCUGUGGUGGGAGCCCAGAGGAGGCCACGGAGAUGGUCCCAAAGCUGGAGCCCCUCUGCUGUGGAGACAGGCUGGGAGAGCUGGGGGAGCUCAGCCAGGAGAGGAGGGGGCUCCACCUUGUCACAACUUUUCAAUACUUAAAGGGGGCUUAUGAGAACAACAAAGAUGCUUCUUACCAAGGCCUGCAGUACCAGGACAUGGAAUAAUGGUUUAAAACUAAAAGAGGGUAGAUUUUGACAUAGCAGAGACGUGUUCACAUAAUUAAGGUUGGGGUUUUUUUUUGUUUGCAAUCCAUGAUAAUGUAACACUGAAUAUUCUUAUCCUUGAAAAACUCUAAUCCUUGAAUCUUCUUGACCCUUUUGUUUAACUGUAUCUUUUAAUUAUAAGAUCUACAAUUGAAACACACGUAUAACUGUGGGUUUUAUGUUCAGAACUGUGGGAUUUAAAUGACUCAGUGAUGCAGUUGCUAGCAGUCGUAAAUCCCAAACCAACAGAAAGAGUACUGUGAAUUGGACUUGGACUGUCAUCUUGUAAAACACGUGCCAUAGAACUUCACUGAAUUAUCUUUUCCUUGAUUUAAUAACAUAUAUUAGGGAAAAAAACCCUAACCCACAAACAAAACCCACCAAAACACAAACAAAAAAUUAAAACAAAACAGAACGAAAAGAAACCCAAAGCAAAGGCCCUCACAAGCAUGCUUUCACUGAGAAGUUACCAGUCACCAGAAAUUUACAACAUCAUUAGUUAAGUUGCUUAUAUUGUUAAUUACUUCGGCUGUUAAAUUAUGUAUCCUGAUUUUGAGCUGAAUUGGUCUGUCUUACAAGAUUGCAUCCAGGACAGUUUUGCAUUCUGUUACAUUCAAUCUAAAAGACUGGUAAUUGUUCAAAACACUUUUUAAGAAAUCUUCCCUAAAUAUAUCUACUGCAUUGGAUAUUUACCAAAUAUUUAACCUCUAAUAUGGUAGAAUUGAUUAAAAAUUGUUUCCAUUAUCAAUUGCUGCAGUUAUGUAUGCUCAUUC